ACUGGCUUUUGAGCGGGCUUUUGAGGCCGUCGCUCUCAAACACGGCACCGCGAGCGCGUAUUAUCCGUUGCAAGGGGACUCCACGUAUACGCAGUCGCUGCGUGUGCAAGUGGGCGCGUCCCAAACCCAUCCCUGUGCUCGCAACCAGCAGCGCACCCACACGCCAGCUGCUGCGCGGCCCGACGGCAAGCAACCCUAAGCAAAGCUCGGGUCAAGGACAACCAUGAUCAACCUCCUCUGCUGCCUCCUAAGCCUCGUCGCGGUAGCAAGCGGGUUGCUGUGGAUGGUCCCGGCAAAAAAGCGCAAACCCCAAGCGUGCCAGUACUUUGGCCGCAUCACCUUCCUCACGGUCCAGUCGAACAUACUGCUGACGCUCUACCACGCGCUGCGCCACGUGCGGCCCGAGUCAUAUAUCGCGGUCCACGCCUACCCCUACGCCUUCGCCGCGGGUGUUGGAUUGACCAUCAACUACUACGGGCUCGACCAUUUUCUACCCGAAAAAAUCGCCGAGGAUAAACGCUGGAUCGAGAAGGGCUAUACGAUGAUCCCCCUGGCCAACCACCUCGAGCACGGCCUCGCCCUGCCCACCGCAUUAUUGGACGCGUUCUACGGCCAACAUGCGGGCCAGUGCUCGAUGCGGGACGUAUUAGUGUUUGUGGGCGGCUACACAACCUUCUACAACCUCUUCCAGCUCGUCAACAAGCGUUUGACGGGCGCCUGGCUCUACCCCGUGUUUUAUGAAGCGGAGACGGCGGUCGGGCCGCGCUGGGCCUUCUGGGCCGUCGCGAUGCCCGUGUCCUUGUUCUACUGCGGGCUCGGCGCGCUGGCGUUGGUUGCGGCGCGGUGA